CUUCUUUCUUUCUUACAUCAUACAACUACAUAUCCGUCUCAACUCACCUUUUCCUGCCAACCUAACCUUAAUAAUAAUAAUCCGACACUCGGAAACAUCACAUUUCCCAAAUACCUACAACGACAAAACUGCCUCAUUCCGGCUUCUCCUGCGCAAUUAUAUUCUUCGGAUCUUAUAUUCUUCGGAAAUACCUCAAUAUACUACAAUUCGAUAUGGUCAGGCCUUCCGUACUAGCGGGCACGGACAUGCGCAUCGCCGUCAUCGAGCGCGGGUCCAUCCACCACGACCCGGGCUGCGACAUUUCGCAGCGGGAGGCAGAGGUGCUCACCUCAUACGACAUCCUGCCGAACUGGCGGAACACCAUCGUCGUCCCUGCUCCACAGGCUGCCCACCCAUCUGGUCACCACCGCCUUUGCCCAUCCGAAUCCCAGCAGACGAGGACCAGGACCCGUCCCACCCACGGCCGCCCGCACGGCUCAACUUCCCGACCUGCCCGCUGGAACCUCUCAUCCGCGCACUACCAAUCAUUCGCCCCACGCUUUCGCUGCGGUCCUUCGACACGGGUUGAGGUUGCUGGUGCGCUUCGAGGUCGAUACGUGCAUCGCGGAGGAGGAGGUGGAGGAUAUGGUGGAGCACCUCCGGGAGGUGCCCGUGACGCCCACCGGAGUCCGCAUCGUGCCUGGAGGAGUCUUGGUGCCGGAGGAGAGCAUCGUCGAGCUCAAGUCCAAGGCCAAGGGGAAGAGGUAUAUCAGGCAGGCCGAGCAGCUGUGUUCUCGCGCACGCCGAUCCUCAUCAUUGGGUACCACGAGGACGGCGGGAACGUCGAGGUCGAGAAGCGGGACGUGGUGAAGACCGGGUGGCUCAAGAAGUGGGAGGUCGCCAAUACCGAGAAGCUCUAGAAGCUGGUGAGAGUACUGGAGAUGCUGCGGAUGGU